AUGACGUCACUGCUUGCAGGCACGGCGCAGAGGAACGAUGAGAAGGGAGUAUGCGCCGGUGCCGACGACUUCCCAGAAGGCAUCAGUGCGAGGCUGUCGCUCAAGGAUGGCUCCAGCGUCGGGCUGUCUGCAGGGAGACUGGUCGGUCUGUCUCAAGAGCCCGAUGGACUGACGGUGCAGAUAGAGGUCGCUAGCGUCGACUGCACCAGCUGGAACGACACGAUACUGUCGCAGUCACAGCGCGGGAACGAACUGUUCCUCAGACACGCGCCAUUUGCUUUUGCCGACGGUUCGACUAGAACUCCUAUUAAGGGCAGCGUUACUGACUACCCAAUAGAAUGCAACGUCCUAGCUCAGCCUGCCGAUGUAGACGCCAUCUUGUGGUACAGAAACGGAGAGCAGCUAGCAACGAACGACGCCAAUAAAUACGCGGGCGAAUCGGUGGCUAAUCCAACGUUAAUCUUGAGAACUAUCACCGUCUCAGACUCAGGAGCUUACCAGUGUCGCGCUCACAACUCCGUCGGCUGGGGACCCCUCAGCCUCCCGUUCUCACUCAGCGUACAAUAUACACCAAUAGCACGCAUCCCACGCAGCAUGGACACGGUGCAGCCUGGCGCCCCAUACCGGAUACAGUGCAUCAUCACUGCUGAUCCUAGCGACAUUCUGCAGGUCGAAUGGCUGCGAGAUAAUGAAGUCGUAGAAACCGGUGGUGUAGUUUACGGGAGGUAUUGCGCCAGACCAGGGCUGAUCUUACAGACGACGACUCAGGCGCACGCAGGCAGCUACCGAUGUCGCGCCCGUAACGCCAUCGGAUUGGCGACGCGAGCCCUCCGUUCCAACUCGUCCGUGCAGCAAGUUGCAGGCGAGCCGCGGUAG